GCCUAUAGCCUGUUGCAAUGAAUAUGGGUGUGGUGCGUUGAGACAGAUUCGCGCGCAAUUAACAUUUGGUAGAUUUGACUCCAUUGGCGCAACUCUCAGGAAGAGUAUAACUCCAGAGAAGGGCUGGUCAUACCUUUUCACUGGAACCACAGACCACAGAAGAAUAUUGUUCCAGGAUAGGAAACAAAAUCGGAAUAUGUUGACAUUUUUGCUAUUUGUGUUUUGUGCCACGUUCGCAGUUGGACAAGGAGAAAAAUGUCUUGAGUGUUCAGGUGCGGCAUGGGCCAACUGUGUUGGACAGGAACAUACCUGUCGAGUUUCUGAGAAGUGUGUGUCGGCAGUGUCUGUGCUCACUCAAGAUCUUAGUGGACAAGACAAAGUGCCCAUCAAGAAAGUGAGUAGAAGAUGUGCAGAUCGCACACUCUGUGAGAAGGACUUCUCCGUGAACCUUCGAAUUGCUGACUGGAAGAUCAAGACCAAGUGUGGCGAAAAUGUAACUAUGGGAAAUGAAAAACAUUCCGAGGGCAAACUGGUAUGUUAUGGAUGUGUUUCUGACCCCUAUUAUUGCACUAAAACGGUGAAAUGCAGUGAAACUGAGACCAUGUGCAUCAGUGCUUCAGAGACUGUUGCUGGAAAUCUUGUGGUCAACAAAGGUUGUGCAACUAAGACCAUGUGCGAUCUAAGACGAGACAUAUCGGAUGUGGUGGGGUUUACGGUAGUUGGGCAUGUGUCUUGUUGUCAAGGGAACCUUUGCAAUGGCAGUGGUGUCUUGACAUCCACCUCAUCAGUGUGCUUGUUGUUGCUGUCAAUGCUUCCCUGGAUGCUGCCUUGAAAUUGGAAAAUAUCAGCUAAGGAAAGUGACAGAAAAAUAGCUCUAUGAUGCUAUUCAGACAGAGGUGUCAUUUACAGUUUUUAUCAGUCGCUUUGGUGUUUUUGGUUUUUCUUACUCUAGCUUUCAUUUGUGCCAAUCUGAUACAGAAGUUGAGAAGGGAAAGGGGGAUUCACCACGUCUCCCUACUGGAGCGGGGGAGCAAGGAAUAGCACUGUUUAUGUAAAAAAAAAAUUUACAUUUUCAAUUGCUACUGUCAUGUUUGUCAAAAUGCACUAUUUUAGUUUCAUGCUGAAUACCUGAGUACCUUACCCUAUAAAAUAAAUAAAUAGGCCUUAUUUCAUCGCUUGAGUCAUUACAUACAAAAGUGUUGAACUAGCUGUCAUAACUAGUUGUCAUAGUCUCUCUAGCAUAUUUAUAUGGAUGGAUAGAAAGGUGUAGACCUACAGUGGUGCACAGCUCUUACCAAGGGGUGUUUUAGUGUAUUAGUGUAUGCUGUAAACACCUUUUAGUGUAUGCUGUAAACACCUUUGUUUUCUUCACACUGUCACAAUGUCUGUCAACAGAAAAAACUUUGAAACAUAUCCACACUCUUGCAAUUGACCUCAUCCACACACAAUAAUGUGUAACUUUGUAGUUUCGAAAUAGCUAUGCCACACAGAAAAAAGUGCUUCCUUGUGGACUUUUCAUUAGAAAAUACUUACAGAGUAAGCUGUCAAUUAAAAUGUGACAAAGCAGUCUGACCACUUUGUUCAUGAACAAUGGCGUAAGGACUUGUCAUUGCACUGAAAGUUUCAUUGGCAGAAAUACUUGCUUUUGAGGAAUAAACUAAGCAUUUUGAGCGAGAUACGCACUUUUGCAGGUAAUCCACUUUGUGGUGCAGUUUGCACUAGUUGUUUUGAGAAAUGCUAAAUGUGCUGGUUUGAGAAAUGCACCAAAGGGACUGGAAACUGGAAUUUGUCAAUUUGAAUGAUUUGAUAUUAAAAAGGUCUGAAAU